AUGGGCCAAACCUGUACCACCGUUCAGGUUGAGACUGGAGAGAGUUGCUGGUCUCUGGCUACAAAGUGCGGAAUCACAGGGUCACAACUCACCGGUUACAAUCCCGCCCCCGAAUUCUGCUCGAAUUUCCAAGUCGGACAGCACUUAUGCUGCUCAGACCUCGAUCAGCAUGUCUGCUGCUCCAAGGGAGACUUGCCCGACUUCUCCCCGCAGCCCAACCCGGACGGUUCAUGCCAUACCUACACUGUUCAGGCCAACGACAAUUGUUGGGAUAUUGCAGCGGCCUACUACAUUACACAGCAGCAAAUCAAUGACUUCAACCAGAACACAUGGGGCUGGGCGGGUUGCCUUUCAACAGGUUCACCGCCCAUGCCAGCCCCAUUUGCCAACGCCAUUUGCGGACCCCAGGUUCCCGGGACCCUCAAGCCCGCCAACAUGAACGACCUUGCGACCCUCAACCCCUGUCCCCUCAACGCUUGCUGCAACGUCUGGGGACAAUGUGGUAUCGACGAAAACUUCUGCAUCCCAAGUCCAGUCCCUGGAGGUGGACCCGGCACGGCCACACCAGGGUCAAACGGUUGUAUCGCCAGUUGCGGCAUGGACAUCGUCGGAGACACUACUCCUCCUGCAGAGUUUAAGCGGAUUGCUUACUGGGAGGCAUGGAAUGCCAACCGUCCUUGUCUUCACAUGCCUGCGAACAGAAUCGACACCAACUACUACACCCACGUCCACUUCGCCUUUGGUGAUAUCACCCCCGGCUUCCAAGUCGACGUCAGCAGUCUCCAGGGACCUUACAACGAUUUCAAGGCCCUGACGGGUGUGAAACGUAUCAUGAGUUUUGGCGGUUGGAGCUUCUCAACAUCACACGACACCUAUGCCAUCUUCCGAUCUGGUGUCACUCCAGCUCAACGAUACGCUUUUGCUCAGGAUGUCGUCAAUUUCAUCAUCAACGAAGGCCUCGACGGCGUCGACUUCGACUGGGAAUAUCCCUCCGCCCCAGACCUCCCCGACAUCCCCCCGGCCAACCCCACCGACGGCCAGGACUACCUCUCCUUCCUCCAAACCGUCCGCUCUUUGCUGCCAAGCCACCUCAGCAUCAGCAUCGCAGCCCCUUCCUCGUUUUGGUAUCUGAAAGGCUUUCCCGUAGAUGAGAUCGCCGAUGUGGUUGACUACAUGUUUGUCCCCGCCCCCUCUCUGUUCCUCAACCCCACUGAUAACCCCUUACUUAGAGUAUACAUGACCUACGACCUCCACGGCCAAUGGGACUACAACAGCCCCUGGUCCUCCUCGGGUUGUCCCACCGGCAACUGCCUCAGGCACCACACCAACAAGACCGAAACCCUCACCUCCCUCGCCAUGAUCACCAAGGCGGGCGUCCCCUCGUCCAAAAUCAUCAUCGGCAUGGCGUUGUACGGACGCACGGUGAAGAUGAGCAUACCGGGGUGUUGGGGACCGGAUUGUUAUUUUACCGGUCCGGCAUCGGGGGCUGAGCCGGGGAGGUGUACAGCUGAAGCUGGGUAUCUGUCCAACUGGGAGAUUGAGGAGAUCAUCAAGAGUGAUUCGAGUGCUUUUCGGUAUAGUGAUGAGCAUGGGGAUAUUUUGGUGUAUGGGGGCGAUCAGUGGGUGAGUUGGAUGUCGAGGGGGAGUUAUGAGGCUAGGGUGGGGUGGGUGAGGGGGUUGAAUAUGGGGGGGACGAGUGAUUGGGCGGUGGAUUUGGGUGAGGAUUGGGGGGAGAGGGGGCUUUGUGCUAGGAGGGAUGAUCACGGGGGCGGGAAGGGAGUGAGGUUGGAUUAUAAAGGUUAG